AUUGUUCAACACUUGCAGUAUAUUGGCUGGCCAGCAUAUAGAGACACUCCUCCUUCUAAGCGCUCUCUCCUGAAAGUGGUCAGGCGGUUGGAAAAGUGGCAGGAGCAAUAUGAUGGGCGAGAUGGUCGGACUGUGGUUCAUUGCCUGAAUGGUGGUGGCCGCAGUGGCACCUUCUGUGCCAUAUGUAGUGUGUGUGAAAUGAUCCAGCAGCAAAAUAUCAUUGAUGUAUUUCACAUAGUGAAAACCUUACGGAACAACAAGUCCAACAUGGUGGAGACUUUGGAACAAUAUAAAUUUGUAUAUGAGGUUGCACUGGAAUACUUAAGUUCAUUUUAG